AUGUGUGCCUUAUCCUUUUUUGUUUCAUACUUUCCCUCUCGUUCAUUAAAUUCUCAAAGUUUCACCAGAGAGAACAAAGCCGUCCGUCUCUUCCAACACACAAUGGCAGCUGCUAUUUUGACUAGUGAAUCAACACUCAAAGAAAAUCUCUCUUUAAUUGUGAGCCAAGCAAAAGAUUGGGCAUUAACACAUGGUAUUCUAAUGCGGACCCAACAUUUUCCCUCAUCAUCUGAUGUGGUCAGUUAUGCUCCAUUUGCUUUAUUUCCAUCUGUUAUACCAAAGUCACUUUUUAAUGAAGCAAAAUUAAUACAAACUGAUUUUAAUCUUCUUCUGCAUAAAGUUGCUCAUGACCAUGAUUUUCUUCAAAAGUCAUUGAAAAGUGUCAUUGCAACUGAUGGUUUUACCCAGAAACUGUGGGAUAUUUAUGAAGCUGUUUAUAAUAAUGAAACCAAGAAGUACCAGCCAUUAUGCUUGGGUUUAUUCCGGAGUGAUUAUAUGCUUCAUUUUCCUCAAAAUGAUUCUGUACCUUCCAAAGUCCAACUUAAACAAAUUGAAAUCAAUACCAUUGCUUCCAGUUUUGCUGGUCUUGCAUACAAUAUGGUUUCUUUGCAUAGGUACACAAUGUCAUUACUAAAAUUACCUUUUGGUGAAGAACAGAUUCCACAAAAUAAUUGCAGUGAAGAACUUUCUGCUGGAAUGGUUCAAGCAUGGGAUCUUUACAAGAAACCAGAGGCUGCAAUUUUAUUUUUGAUCUCAUCUGAAGAAAGGAACAUUUUUGACCAACGAUGGUUAGAAUAUGGUGUGUUUAAAUGUAAUCCUACAAUUGCUACUUUACGAUUAACAUUCCAAGACAUACAUGAUCUGGGACAUGUGGAUGAAGAUAACAAUCUUAUUGUCUCUGGCUAUGAAAUUGGUGUUGUGUAUUUUAGAAGUGGCUACUCACCUUGUAGUUACAAAACUCAACAGGAUUGGGAUACAAGAAAAAUGAUUGAAUGUUCAAAUGCUAUUAAAUGUCCAUCAGUAAAUUAUCAUCUUGCUGGCAGUAAAAAGAUUCAGCAGGAAUUGUCCCAACCUGGUGUCUUGGAGAAGUUUAUUCCUGAUCCUCAAAAAGCACAAAGAUUACGAAAGACUUUUGCUAAACAAUAUAGUCUUGAAAUGGGUUUAGAAGGAGAUGAAGCUAUAGGUGAGGCUUUGAAGAAUAUCAAUUCUUUCGUACUGAAGCCACAGAGAGAAGGUGGAGGUAAUAACUUUUUUGGAAAAGAACUCCAGUCUCAACUUCUAAAGCUGAAAGAUUCUGAAGAAAGAACUUCAUAUAUCUUAAUGGAAAGAGUGUUUCCUUCACCCCAAAGAAAUGUCUUAAUACAGCCUGGAAAAUCAGUCAGAUUUGAUGAUGUUAUCAGUGAAUUAGGAAUUUAUGGUGUCAUCAUUGGAGAAGCUGGUCAAGUGCAUUAUAACAAGGAGACUGGUCAUUUAGUAAGAACCAAAACACUGGAAACUGAUGAAGGUGGGAUUGCUGCUGGUUUUGCGGUUUUGGAUUCUCCAUAUUUUAAUUGA